AUGUGAGCUUGAAAAUGAAAUAUAUGUAUAAAAAAUAAAAAAAGCGAUAAUUGGUCGACUGGAUUUAGUAUCAACCACAUCACAAACCUUCGAACGUCUACCUCUGUCAAAAUCCCGAGAAUUAAUAAGUUCCAGGAAUUUAACAUUUUUGAUUUUAACAAUCAAAAUUAAAAUAAGCAUUUCACAUUAACGAAGGUAAGAACAAACUUUUUCAAAAAAUAACAAGGGACAAGGGUGAUGUUUUUAUCUUAUCUACUGGAAGGUUACUCUUAUCAGACGCAAUUAAUCCAAAAAACUUCAACUUUUCCACUGUACUUUUAUGUAUAAAGGACUGAGGAAAUUAAUAUCACAAAAGCCAUCUUAUUCUUUGAAUUUAUUUAACUUCAAAGCAAUGUCAACGUUGGAAGGCAAAUUUGAACUACCGUCAAAGUACAAAGGCUCAGAAAAGACAGUAUGGGCUGAGUUCAUCGCGCUGGCUGCUGAGCACAAACCGCUCAACCUCGGCCAAGGCUUUCCUGAUUUUGCAGCACCCUCGCAUGUCACCCAAGCAUUGGCUGAUGUUGCCAAAGAUGACAAUGUCCUCCUGCAUCAGUACUGCCGAGGAUUUGGCCAUGUGCGUCUUGUCAACGCUCUGAGCAAAGUAUACUCAAAAAUGACCGGACAUGAUAUUAACCCAAUGACUGAUAUAAUCACGACUGCCGGUGCUUAUGAAUCUCUGUACUGUGCUAUACUCGGUUUAGUCAAUGCUGGUGAUGAGGUCAUACUGAUAGAACCGUUUUUUGACUGUUAUGAGCCAAUGGUAGCUGCUGCAAAUGGGAAACCUGUUUUUGUUCCAUUGCGAAUGACCAAAAAAAAUGGCACAAUCAUGUCAAGCGAUUGGAAGCUUGAUGAAGACGAGCUUUCUUGUGCAUUCAGUUCAAAGACAAAGCUUAUCCUCCUGAACACACCUCACAACCCUGUAGGUAAGGUAUUCAGCAUGGAAGAACUCACAAUGAUUGCGGACCUUUGCAAAAAGUGGAACGUUGUCUGUAUUUCUGAUGAGGUCUACGAAUGGAUGGUGUACAAGCCUUACAAGCAUGUACGAAUAGCGACAUUGCCUGGCAUGUGGGAGAGGACGAUCACGAUUGGAUCUGCGGGAAAGACACUCAGUGUGACUGGUUGGAAAACGGGCUGGGCUUACGGUCCGGCAAACCUCAUCCAUAACUUGCAAGUUGUACAUCAGAACAUUUUGAAUUCCAUUACCACUCCAAUAUCGGAAGCGAUAGCAAGAAGUUUGGAGCUGGAGUUAUCACGAAUUGAUUCACCUGAUUGUUAUUUUGUAAGUUUGGCUGAAGAACUAAGAGAGAAACGAGAUUACAUGGCCAAAUUUAUAACAGAAAUCGGAAUGAUUCCUACGAUACCGGAGGGUGGUUAUUUCAUGAUGGUAGAUUGGACACCGUUGGCUGACAGGGUUGCGUUAGACCAAGAGAAUGACAAAUACAAAGAUUACAAGUUCGCCAAGUGGAUGACCAAGAACCAAAAGCUCCAGGGCAUUCCACCAUCAGCAUUUUAUGGCACCGAACACAAGAACUUAGGUGAAAAUUAUAUUCGAUACUGCUUCAUAAAAAAAGAUGAGAAUCUUCAGAAAGCCGAGCAGAUACUCAAGAAAUGGGCUUGUGGGGCCAGCAAGAUGUGACCAUGAAUCCAUCCUUGCCCGGGGCCUCUCAAUCAUGAGAAGUCGCCCCUCAGCCACCUCUUCGCGUCCUUCGUGUCAUUGCCAUAAGUUUUACCAGCCCUAGAAAACAUUCUUUGUGAUAUAUUUCAUAUUAAGCUAAUUGAGUUAAAGGCAUGUUUAAAUUCUAAAUUGUUUAUUUUCAUAAACUUUGAUUUGUUUUUGAAGACAUGGUGUAAAUAAAAAUGUUAUUCUUUGA